CUGAACAGUUGGAAACAGAAGCAGAGGGAGAGGACUGUGGAGGAGCAGAACCAGCCAGGAACUCAGAUCCAGUUACGCAUUUACAACCAGAGGCUGAUGACAGUGAUGAUUGGACGGAGACCAGAGAACCUCAGUCAGGUUCAAACUCUCUGAGAAAUGAUCAAGUCUCUGUCAGUGAUUUGAUUGUUGGUGAGAAACGAUUUAGCUGCUCUGAGUGUGGGAAAAGAUUUGGUCACAGUAGAGAUUUGAAGAAACACAUGAGAUCUCACACAGGAGAGAAACCAUUUAGCUGUUCUGAAUGUGGGAGAACAUAUGGUCGAAGUGCACAUCUGAAGGUACACAUGAGAUCUCAUACAGGAGAGAAACCAUUUAGCUGCUGUGAGUGUGGGAAAAGAUUUGGUUACAGUGGAGUGUUGAAGAAUCACAUGAAAACUCACACAGUAGAGAAACUAUUUAGCUGCUCUGAGUGUGGGAAAAGAUUUGGUUACAGUGUAGAUUUGAAGAAUCACAUGAGAACUCACACAGGAGAGAAACCAUUUAGCUGCUCUGUGUGUGGGAAAAGCUUUUGUUACAGUAGAGAUCUAAAGGUACACAUGAGAUCUCAUACAGGAGAGAAACCAUUUAGCUGUUCUGAGUGUGGGAAAAGAUUUGGUCACAGGGGAGAUUUGAAAAAACACAUGAGAACUCACACAGGAGAGAAAUUAUUUAGCUGCUCUGAGUGUGGGAAAACAUAUGGUCGAAGUGAACAUCUGAAGGUUCACAUGAGAUCUCAUACAGGAGAGAAACCAUUUAGCUGUUCUGAGUGUGGGAAAAAAUUUGUUCACAGUGGAGAUUUGAAGAAACACAUAAGGACUCACACAGGAGAGAAACUAUUUAGCUGCUCUGAGUGCGGGAAAAGCUUUAGUCAAAGUGGAGAUCUAAAGAGACACAUCAGAUCUCAUACAGGAGAGAAACCAUUUAGCUGCACUGAGUGUGGGAAGAGAUUUGGUAAAAAUGGAAAUCUGAAGGUACACAUGAGAUGUCAUACAGGAGAGAAACAGUUUAGCUGCUCUGAGUGUGGGAAGAGAUUUGGUCUAAAUGGAAAUCUAAAAAGACACAUGAGAUGUCAUACAGGAGAGAAACAAUUUAGCUGAUCUGAAUGUGGGAAGUCAUUUAUACAAAAUGGAUAUUUACAUACACACAUGAAAAUUCAUGAGGGAGAAAAGUGAUUCAGCUGUUCAGUCUGAAAAAAAAAUCUAUUUGGUAUAAGAUUUUAAAAAGACUCAUGACUGACAUAGACCCAAACAGUUAUGUUUGUAUGUUAUAAAAUGUAUGUAUUUACUUACUUACUUACUGACCAAUAUCAGUCUUGUACAGCCAGGGGGAGUUUUUCCCCUCUGACAGCCAAGCUGGGUCAAAACCUGUUAUCCGGUGGUGACUGGACUUUUGCUGCUUGUCAGGGCAGGGCAUGUAGCACUGUGGCUCUUUGCUGUACUUGGAUCCAGAGCAGGAGAGCUACUCUGGCUGCUAAAUUGUAAAACUGAUUUGAACAUAGUUUUCUUUUAAGAAAUUUGUACAAAAUCGCUCAUAAUUAUGUGAAUGAAGAGAAAAUAAUUUUUCAGACAUUUAUGUAAAUUUAUAAAAAAAAUAAAAUGUAAACAUCGCUGAGUGAUCUUCAUGACUCAGUCUUCAUUGGGAAUUGUGUGCUAUCAGCUUUACUCUCCCAGCUUGGAGAAGCAGAAAAGAGAACAGGCAUGGUUAGGUCGGUUCCAAAAGUCACACAAAAACACAAACUAACUGUCCAAUCGAAGGGCAGCUGAAGACCAGAGAGUCAUUGUGUUCUGUGAGGUGAAAUUACUGAUUCUUUCAGUGGAGUCUGGUUGCUUUUAAGAGAGCAUCAUGUAACUGCAUCAGUAAAGGGCUCUCUGACAGCAUGGUUAGGUCUUGAAAAUCUCCAUCGUGUUUCCAUGGAGACCGAGAGGUGACAUGCAUAUGUUAUUUUUUUUACACGUGCACGCGUUUUACAAUUUGUACGCGCAUUUUAUUGAAAUGAGCACGCCUUUUAUAACCCUGAAGUCAUCUCUACCGGAAUCUGUACUCUUUAUUGCUGCGAACGUCACACUGUUUGAACAAGACGGCGUGACAGCACAAGUGCGACUUACUACGGCCGUGCACUGUGGAACGCCGAAUGGACCAAAACGUCUAAUUCAACGUCUGUUUUAAGACGGCAAAUUUGUAGCUCUUAAGUAGUCAGUAGUGUAAGCAUGUGUGGAAAUGUAUGGAACAAACAGAAGAAGAAAACAGCAGCAGCAGCCGUGCCCAUGCUCCGAUCAGACCAGAGACAGGCAGGAGGGAGCUUUUGACAGAGACACACACCGGGCCCAGGUGUUGCUCACCGGGCUGAUGACCCUCCGCCCUGCGGAGUCCUGCAAGAGAAAGAACAGCAGCUAAAGGCAGGGACAACUAGUGGAGCGGAGGGGUCGUCACAGCAGUCACAUUCCACUGUCUCAUCAUAUCGUCUGCCUCUUGAUGUAAACAGAUAUAAUCUGUCCUCCUGCUGCAGUUUGUGGGAGUGACAGCCAGGCACACAUGUUUUGAUUAAGCUUGCGCGCAAUUUUAAUAAAACGCGUGUGUACUACAUGAAGUACUUUUUUUCUGCAUAUAUAUAC